UACCCAGUUCCUGUCUUCCACCGUUCCCCGUAUAAUCUAUCAUAAUGCCGUCGUCAGAGCCAGUCUUUUCGACACCAUUAACCCGGUUGUUUAAGAUCAAUCACCCAGUCAUGCUGGCUGGAAUGAACGUAGCCGCUGGGCCGAAAUUGGCUGCAGCCGUUACCAAUGCAGGUGGCAUUGGCGUUAUUGGAGGCGUGCGGCAGAGCCCAAAGUUCCUUGAAGAUUCUAUCAACGAGCUAAAGAAGAAUCUGGAAGACAAGGAUGCACCCUUUGGAGUUGACCUUUUGCUCCCCCAACUUGGAGGGAAUGCUAGGAAGACGAAUUACGACUAUACUAAAGGACAACUUCCAGAACUCACUGACGUCAUUAUCAAGAACAAAGCUGCAUUAUUCGUCAGCGCUGUCGGCGUCCCGCCGAAAGAGAUGGUGGACAAGUUACAUGCGGCCGGUAUUCCAGUAAUGAACAUGGUUGGUCAUCCAAAGCACGUGAAGAAAGCACUUGCUCAAGGUGUUGAUAUUAUAUGCGCUCAAGGUGGCGAGGGUGGUGGCCACACUGGAGAUACUCCCUUCUCGAUUCUCAUACCAGCCGUCGUCGACCUUUGCAAAAAUGCUAAGAGUCCAUUGACUGGCGAGCCGAUAGUAGUUGUCGCCGCAGGAGGAAUUGCGGACGGACGCGGUCUUGCUGUCGCCCUUUCCUAUGGAGCUUCGGGUGUAUGGGUAGGAACUCGUUUUGUGGCAAGUGUGGAAGCAGGCGCGGCCCCGAAACACAAGGAACUUGUACUUUCUGCCGGCUAUGAUGACACUGUCCGGACUCUAGUUUACUCCGGCCGCCCAAUGAGUGUACGCAAGACAGAAUACGUUGCGGAAUGGGAAACACGUAGACGAAAGGAGAUCGAGGAACUAGUUGCUCAAGGUAAAAUUCCCCACGAUGUUGAGCUGGAAAUGCAUCCAGAGAAGUCUCUGGAAGGGAGAAUGUGGUUAAUGGGAAAAGUUGCUGGCUCAAUCAAUGACAUCAAACAUGCACGGGAAAUUGUAGACGAAAUUGUUAUCACAGCUGCAAAAAGCCUCAAGACUGCCACAGGAUUAAUGACUCCCAAGGUUAAGCUAUAGUGCCUGUUCAUGUUAUCACUUCGAGGUGCCGCAGGCAAUGAGCUGACUCUCGUCGUAAUCUUUAUUGUUCGCUGUCUGGUGAAUUUCCUGCCAUCCUUUCUAUAUCUAGUUAAUGCCCAGUCAUGCACUUUUUUUGCACAAUUAAAUAUGUAUUGACCUCAGAUAGGUCAGUCACGAUUCUCUGUCUGGGGGUAACUGUAGCUGUCUAGGUAAAUGUAAGGAUCAAUGUAGUAUACAGAGUCACACCGAAAUCACACUUAAG